UGUGUUUGUGAUAUCCUGAAAAUAUUAUUGUAUAAGAGACUCGUCGUUCUGUCCGCUGAAUACUUCAGAGACGAAUUUCGAUCUGUAUUGCCUGGACUUCUCGAGGGAUUCGCUCCACCCAUGCAAAAAUCUGCUCAUUCCAGAGGAAAGAUCAUCCGCUAGAGACAUUCGGAUUAGUCGACGAAACUUGAUCUUCAAUCAUUGUUCAUUCCUCACGUGUUCAAUCGAGGAUAACAGAUAAAUAAUAAAACGCCACGUAACCACCGGGAAAUUUGUGAGGAGCGUGAUUUCAAUUUGCCGGUAACAAAUGGUGAUUACAUCUUGAAAGACGCGCAUUUAUAAACUACAGUACCUUAACACGUGUGCGAUCGAGGAAGUCAGAUUGAAAGAGAGAUUGAAGAAGCCUCUCGAAGCUGUACACGUGUACUGUGUAAGGAUCUUCGGCUGGUGCCCAUCUUUAGAAGAAGUAUUCAGUGUGUCGUAGGUCACGGAUUGAAUUCCUAAAGUCGCGUGUUCGUCGAAGAAAUAGCGUGACUCGUGAGAAAGCAGCAUUCCGCACGUUGUUGAUUGAAUGUUGAGUAUUCGACGAGCAUUGAAGAAGUUGAACUAUUCGCGACAUUAAUCGAGUACUAACGUUCGACUAGAAUAUCUUUUCUGUUUACGAAGUAGAAAGCUCGUUGAACUUGAUGCCACGUGCUCUGCGGAUGAUUUAUUAGUAGCAAAGGUAUUUUCAUUAAUUACUCUGGUGACUAUAGAAGACUAUCGGAGAAAUCGUUCUGGGAUCAACUGAGAUAAUACACGCUUUUCUCCAUCGUAAGAAAAUAUUCUCUCAUUUAUGAAAAAAUCGAGGCUGUGCGACCUUUGUGCUCCAUUUUAUGUGAUUUCUUAUCAACCUGAACUACUGUGAUUUAAGUCGGCUAAAGGCCAGUAAAAAGGAUUCGUAGGAUCAAUGAAAACGAUAUAAUAUAGUUGUUGCAUUUUUAAUCAAGGUAAAGUAGUAACGACGUAAUUUUUGCACGAAUUAUCCUCGUGUUGUAUCCAACGAUUAUCUUUUCAACGACGGUCUGAGAAGUUUCUUGAAGCUCGAACGCUGCCUAGAGCCGUUCUAAAAGGAGAAGCAGUUACUAAGUGUGAGCUGGGAGAAGCAGUAUUCACAGCAGGGACAAAGUAAGCGAAGCGACGAAGAAUGGAAAGAGAAAAUUAGUAAGAAAGGGAUAGACUGAUAGAGGAAAAGAGAGAAAGAAAAACAAGCCUACGGUUUAGAGGGGCAAACCGAUUUAGCAGGCCACAUAGUGCGAAGAAGGGACUCAAACGAAAUAACAAGGAAGUAGGUAGAAGGUAGCAAGAGGAAAGAAGACGAAACGAUAAAUAGAGAAGAAAGACGACAGACAGACUAAGAAGAGACGAAAACGGAAAAGUUGAGAUUUGAUUGAUAGGGAAGCAAGAAGGAACGCAGCUCUUCUCUCAAAACUGAUCUUCGGGAUGGGUAAGAACAGUCUAAAUUCACACGCGGCCGGGAGUGCCUUUGAUGGGGAUGCUAUCUUAAAGAAGACACGAUGGCGCAAUCUUCUGGCCUUUUGGAUUCUGGGUUUAUGCAACAAUUACGGCUACGUUGUGAUGCUCAGCGCGGCUCACGACAUCCUUCGAGACAAGUUCAAUCAGGAGGAUAUCACGUCAAGCACGAACGUCACCAACUCGACGGAUGGCCGUACAUGCAACACGGUUUCGACCGGUGCUAUACUUUUGGCAGACAUCCUGCCAGCACUGGCGAUCAAGAUGACAGCGCCGUUCCUACCAUUUCUAGUGCAUGCUCGACUGGCUACCUGUGUGUUAUUUUCCGCUGCAGGAUUCCUCAUGGUGUCGUUGAGCACUGUCCAAUGGCUCGCCAUUAUGGGCGUCGUCAUUACGUCGCUCUCCUCCGGCUUGGGUGAAGUUACCCUUCUCAGUUACAGUAACCAGUUCUCCAAGCAAGUGAUCUCUACAUGGUCGUCGGGCACAGGCGGCGCCGGGGUGAUCGGCGCCGUGUCCUACGCUGUGCUCAAAGAAGUGCUAACCAUCGAGCAUACGCUCCUAGUCAUGUUGGUCGUGCCGUUCUUGCAGGCGAUUACGUUCUGGUGUAUCCUCAAACACCCGGCGCACACUAAAAUUCCUAUCACCAAGAAUGGCAUCGACAGCCAGGAGCAGAUCAUCAAGAUCCCCAAGAAGAGCUUCAAAGACAAGCUCAAGCUGGUGCCUGGCUUGUUGAAGUACAUGAUACCGCUCGGACUAGUUUACCUGUUCGAAUACUUCAUCAAUCAGGGCCUGUACGAGCUUAUCGAAUUCAAAGGCAUUUGGUUGACACACGACGAUCAGUACAGAUGGCUUCAAGUGGAUUACCAAAUAGGUGUAUUUAUCUCGAGGUCGUCGGUGAACCUAGUUACUAUUAACAAAAUUUGGAUCAUGACCGUGUUGCAGUUCGUUAACGUUAUAAUCCUUCUCUUCGAAGCUAUCUACUAUUAUAUACCGAACAUAUGGAUUGUCUUUGCCCUUGUACUGUGGGAGGGUCUGCUUGGCGGCGGGGCGUACGUGAACACGUUUUAUCGGAUGUCGACCGAGAUUCCGAGGGCGGAUCGCGAAUCUUCUAUCGGAAUCGCCACAAUGGCGGAUUCGAUCGGGAUUGCGUUGGCCGGAUGGCUGUCCAUGCCUGUUCACAAUGCUAUUUGCCAGCUGCCGCAGCCGAAGCGAUUGGGCAGCUAAAGAUAUCGCGGUGGUUCGUUCGCUACCGAGUGAUAACGAAGUUUCCGUAAGCGGAGACUGUCGCUUCCGAAAGUUCCUUAACGUAACAUGUCGGCGAUAAGAGGCGAAGAUAACGUGGCGCGUUUCUAUUAUUAAUUUAAUAAUUACCUGUAGAUCAAAAGUAACGGCUGUUGACUGCACGUUUGCGUGGUCGUGAAACAAUUAUUGUUUCAGUUAAUUUUCUAGCUUUGCGGAAACGUUUGAGUCUACUUCAAAGUUUUAAGGAAAAGAAGCAAACAUUUGGGAUGCAGGGGACACGAUGGUAAAUUUUUACUACUUUUAACGCUGUUUUAUAAUCACUGAUGUUAAUUGAAUUUUAUAAACGACGCUUUUAAAGCCACGACCAUGUUGUUCGUAGAAACUUUCUGGACACAUUUCAAACGUCUUCUCAGCAGUUUUGAUUACAAUGUAUUACAAAUAUUCGAACUUUAUUCGGUACAAACGUUCAAAAGAUUAGGAACAGGGCAUGUUGCAGUACAUGUCGCACAUUAAGUUUACAUGAUACAUUAUAUGGCGACGUAGCAUACGAAUACUAUCUGCGUUUUCGCUACGGAACGAAAGAAAUCUUUUACAUAGUACUGUAUCUAGAUUCCGCGUUGUACUGUAAGUUUAUUAUUUAUUUUAUGGUGCUGUGCCUAAAUUUUGAGAAUUGUACUGUAGGACCAUUUCUUCUAUAGCGUAUCUAAAUUUUGACUUGUACUCUUGUUUAAAAGUCUUUCCGAUAUCGUAGACAUACUCUGAGAUUACUAUUAGUUGUCAAUUCUCACAUUGUUAUAUUAUUUCCGGUUUGCCGCAACGAGAUGCGCAAGUAUUCUCGUGCGCCCCAAGAAUCCACAUCAUCGAGACUUAAUCGCACGAAGAUUCGUCGAUUAGCUCAGUAUUACUAGCUACAGUAACGAAUUGACCUCAUUGAUUAUUUAGAAAUCGUAAUAACGCACUUGGAUUACGCAGUCUCCUUAUCCACUUGCGAUUAGAUAUAAAAUUACUAGUUCAAACUACCACGUUUCUACUUUGAUAUAUUGAUAUUAUUCUUACGUCUUUUGAUUGAGAUUGUGAUUGUAAGUAUUAUAGAUACAUAUUUACGUUAAUUUUAAUAAAAUGGCCGUCGAAAGAAA